AUGGAUUCUUUUAAGGAGGCUGAGGUGCUGCGGAUGGAGAAGGGGGGUAAUUUGAGAUGGAGAGAAUUUUGGGAGAAAAGCCAGGGGGGAAGCGUGAAAUGGGGGUGGCCAGGCAAAGGCGGGGAUGGCGAGGCGAAGAGAAGGGUGGAGGAAGUCUAUGGGGGCGAGGUGGGCGAGGAGUGGAAGGAACGGCUGAGCUGUGAGGUUGAAGGACGGGAGUUCAAGGGCGUGCCGAAAGCUCAGCCUAAGAAAACUGCUACAGCUACGGGAAUGGGGUCGGGGAGGGAGAGCAGCCCGGCGAAGGGAAUAGGUGCCAGGAGCCAGAAGGAGAUGAAUGAGGAUUUCUUCUCGCGCAAGGGGGAUGAAAAUAAGAAUCGGAGCGAGCACUUGAGGCCGAGUGAGGGGGGAAGUAUGCGGGUUUUGGGGGCGGUGGAGGAAGUGCCUGUGGAGGAGGAGGUAAUGGGGGAGGAGCAGGGGGCGGAUCCUCUCGCGGCGAUUGGGAAGGGUUGGGGCUGGUUUGCUUCUACGGCCACCAAGGGGGCGAAGAGCGUUAAUGAGGGGUGGAUACAGCCGGGGGUGCAGAAGAUAGCAGAAGCAGAUAUCGCAACGCAGGCUCGUCAGGUCGGGGCUAACGUUGGGAAGACUUUACAGACGGGCACGAAGGGCGCGGCGGAACGGUUCAAUAAUUUCAUUGAGAAUGAAGGGGGUGAGCAGUCUGGGAAUGGGGGUGGGAAGAGGGGGGCGGACCCGGAGAAGAAAGAGUUUUGGGAUAGCUUUGGCGAGGAGAGGACGAAGCCUGAGAAACAGGAGUUUUGGGAUAGUUUUGGGGUUGGUGGGGAGGAGCAGAAGAAGGAAGGGAGUGCGAUUGGGACGGCGGCGAUGAGGAAGGGUGGGGCGGGGGAGGGGGAGGGGGAAAAGGGAAGGCGGAUGGGUGGAGCGAUUGGUAGGGCAAGGUGGGGGGUAAUACGUUCAUAUGUGCAACGUUGA